CGCGGCCUAGCGUCCAGCCCGGCCACCCGAGAGCGCGUGCCGAGGCCCGGGAGCGGAACGCGGGGCCGGGCGGAGCUGCCGCCCCCUCGCGCCGGGGCUCCGCGGGCACAAAGCGCCUUUGUGCGGCCUGGCAUCCGGCCCGAACCCCGGCGUCUCCCCCGGCCGCCCAGGCCCGCGCCCCGCGCCCCGCGCCGGGACCCUCGUCCACGGCGAGGCAUGGCCGCCAUCCCCUCCAGCGGCUCGCUGGUGGCCACCCACGACUACUACCGGCGCCGCCUGGGCUCCGCGUCCAGCAGCAGCUCGAGCGGUGGUGCCGAGUUCCCGGGAGAAGCGGCUCCCCAGCCGCCGGGUCUCCCCAAGGCCGACCCCGGGCAUUGGUGGGCCAGCUUCACCCUCCCGUUCGUGGCCCCCGUGUCGGAAUCCCCCGAGCAAUCGCCGCCGCCGCAGCCGGCCCCGGCCUCCAGCAGCGCGGUCACCGGUGGCCUGGCCCCCGCAGCCAUGAGGAAGCAGCCUGGGGGCCAGCCGGGCCAGGCCGGCGCCGGGCCCCCGUGCUGACCAGGCGGAACCUCCAGUCCAGCCCCGGCUUCUGAGGUGCUAGGCCAGAGCUCGGCCCGCCCCUCCGCCCCGCAGACUAGGCGGACUCCUGCAGAAGCUGAGAGCCCCUCCCUCCCGGCUGCACUGAGCCCUCCCAACCCCAGCAGAAAAUAAACUCCACGCAGCUGCCCAUCCCCGCGGCCUAUCUGAACCGU